CGCUGGUCACGAGUGCCCUCGCGGCCAGUGGCGGCGACAUGGCCUCGGAGCGGGAGGUGCGCGCCCGGCUGCAGCGCGCGGGCCAGGAACACCUGCUGCGCUUCUGCGCCGAGCUGCCACCGGGGCCCCGUGCCGCGCUCCUGGCCGAGCUCGGGGCGCUGGAGCCGGAGGCGCUGCGCGAGCACUGCCGGCGCGCCGCUGCGGCCUGCGCGCACCCCCCGGGGCCGCCGCCCGACCUGGCCGCGCGCCUGCGGCCCCUGCCCCCCGAGUGCGUGGGCAGCGCGAGCCGGUGCGACCCGGAGAUGCGGCGACUCUGGGAGGAGGAAGGUUUCCGCCAGAUCUCCCUGAACAAGGUGGCCGUACUGCUGCUGGCCGGGGGGCAGGGCACUCGCCUGGGCGUGACCUACCCCAAAGGCAUGUACCAGGUGGGGCUGCCGAGCCGGAAGACCCUGUAUCAGCUGCAGGCAGAAAGGAUUCGGCGGGUGGAGCAGCUUGCUGGCCAGCGCCACGGGACCCGAUGCAACGUUCCCUGGUACAUCAUGACCAGUGAGUUCACACUGGGGCCCACGGCCAAGUUCUUCAGGGAGCAUGACUUCUUCCACCUGGAUCCCAGCAACGUGAUCAUGUUUGAGCAGCACAUGCUGCCUGCAGUGACCUUCGAUGGCAAGGCCAUCCUGGAGCAGAAAGACAAAGUUGCCAUGGCCCCAGACGGCAACGGGGGGCUGUACUGUGCCCUGUCAGACCACCAGAUUCUCGAGGACAUGGAGCGUCGGGGAGUGGAGUUCGUGCACGUGUACUGUGUGGACAACAUCCUCGUGCGGCUGGCUGACCCCGUCUUCAUCGGCUUUUGCGUGCUUCGCGGCGCAGACUGCGGGGCGAAGGUGGUGGAAAAGGCGUCCCCAGAGGAGCCGGUGGGUGUGGUGUGCCAGGUGGACGGGGUCCCUCAGGUGGUGGAGUACAGCGAGAUCAGCCCCGAGACUGCGCAGCUGCGCGGGUCCGACGGGAGUCUGCUCUACGGCCUGGGCAACAUCUGCAACCACUUCUUCACGCGAGACUUCCUCCGGAUGGUCUGCAGUGAGUUUGAGCCCUUGCUGAAGCCACACGUGGCUGUGAAGAAGGUCCCGUACGUGGAUGAGGAGGGAAAUCCGGUAAAGCCGAUAAAACCAAACGGGAUAAAGAUGGAGAAGUUUGUGUUUGAUGUGUUCCGGUUUGCUAAGAGCUUUGUGGCCUUUGAGGUGUCCCGGGAGGAGGAGUUCUCUCCGCUGAAGAACGCAGCCUCAGCUGCCAGGGACAACCCCAUCACCACCCGGCGCGCCCUGCUCAGGCAGCAUUACCGCUGGGCCCUGCAAGCAGGGGCCUGCUUCCUGGAUGCUGGUGGGGCCCGGCUCCCGGAACUGCCCAGCCUCCCCAGCAACAGAGAGCCGCCCGCCAUCUGUGAGAUCUCGCCCUUGGUGUCCUAUUCCGGAGAGGGUCUGGAGCCGUACCUGCAAGGCCGGGAGUGCCGGUCCCCACUCAUCCUGGAUGAAAACCAGGCCAGUGCCCUGCAGCUCUGACUCACUCCCAGGACUGCAAACCCCAGGCCCUGAGAGGUGGGGACACAGGGAUCUCCGCCAGGGUGGGGCCGCUCCCAUCCUUGGUUCCGUAGAACACAUACCCAAAAGCUGCUGUGGACCGAGGAGGGCUCUUUAGCAGUUCUCCGGCCUGGGGGGUCUGGGUGGGAGACAGAGGUGUGGCAUCCCUGGAGAGAGCAGUGACCCUGUGUCUGUUUGAGUGGAGACUGGAGGACCAG